AUGCCGGAAAUCAAAGCGAUCACAAAAAGUGCGCCAAAUGGCAAGGAGCAGGCGGAAGAUGCCGUCGACAGCAACGCCCCAGUGACCCUUUUCGCGGAUCAGCCCGAACGCCUAAAGAAGAUCAACGAACUGCGCAAGCUGGUACAAAACUAUGAUGACUGUAAUCGCAGAACCGACGAUCUUUUCCUCUGCCGGUUUCUGUACUGUUGCGACUGGGACAUUGAGGAGGCAUUUGGACGCAUCGUAAAGCUCAUCAAAUUGAAGGAAGCGAAUCCGGAAUGGUUCUUCCACAAACCGAUCGGUACGUACGGUGAGCUGCUAAAUCGUAACGUCAAGUUUGCGCUGGAACGCCGGGAUCGACGCGGACGGCGCGUCUUUGUGACUCGGCUGGGAGCGAUCGACUUCUCCAAUAUGGCGGUCACCGAUUUGGCCAAUCUGGAUGACAUCUGGUUCGAGCUGAUGUUGAACGAGCUGGAUACGCUCGAGAACGGUGUUACCUGCCUGAUCGAUAUGAACGGUUACUCACUCAAGAGCUUCCGCUUUCUGACACCUCAAAACAUACGGAUCGGAUCGGCAAAGACGGACCUGUUGCCGCUGAAGAACAUCGAGUUCCACGUGGUUAACUCGUCGGUGUUUAUGAACGCCGCCAUCGCUAUCCUGUAUCCGAUGUUGAGCAAGAAGAUUAAAGAUCAGGUCCGGUUCCACUACUCCAACUGGGAGUCGCUGCACCAGCAUAUCCCGGCUGAUAUUUUGCCCCAGGAGUACGGUGGUACAAGUGGGAAACAGUUCGACUUUAAAACCAUUUACGGGCAGGUGCUGGAUAAACCGAACGAGUUCGAUCGACUGUUGGUGUAUGGAGUUCGGAAGAAUGUUACCCCAACGGUACCGACGUCUACUACCACUGCGUCCAAAGUGAAAGGAACUAAAACGAAGGGAAAACAUAAGGAUGCGGAUAAAAAGAAAUUGGUAACGGCGAGUGUCGUCGAAGAGUAA